AUGUCGAACUCCAUGAUUGCCAAGCCCUUGACGCUGAAAUGCGGUCUCACUCUACCAAAUCGCUUGACAAAAGCCGCCAUGGCUGAAAAUUGGGCCGACAGCGACGGCUUGCCCACCGAUGCAUUGCAUGCACCUUAUGGCGAAUGGGCAGACGGCGGCUGGGGACUUGUCAUGACCGGCAACGUGCAAGUUGACAUCAAACACCUGGGCUCGCCAAAGGACAUCGCGUACAACGAUGCAAUUCCCUAUGCCCGUAUGCUUGAAGCCUGGAAGGCCUGGGCCGAGGCGUGCAACCGCAACGGCACGCCGACCAUCGUGCAGGUCAACCACCCCGGUCGCCAGUCGCCUCUGGGCGCGGGCAAGCGCGGGUUUAUGGAGAAGACUAUGGCCCCCAGUGCGGUACCGCUGGAUCUUGGCUCCGGUCUCGUCGCUCGCCUCAUCAACGGGUUGGUCUUUGGCACACCGCGCGAGAUGACCGUCGCCGAGAUCCAGGACGUCGUCCGCCGCUUUGCGCAGACGGCCAAGUUGGCUUCCGAUGCCGGCUUCGCCGGUAUCGAGAUUCACGGCGCCCACGGCUACCUGCUCGCCCAGUUCAUGUCCGAUAAAAUCAACAAGCGCACCGACGCCUACGGUGGCUCUCCCGCCGCCCGCGUCAGGAUCGUCGUCGAGAUCAUCCGCGCCAUCCGCGAGGUGGUUCCCAAGACCUUCUGCGUAGGCAUCAAGUUCAACUCUGUCGACCAUCAGGCGCAAGCGGAGCUCGAUGCGUGUAUCGAGCAGCUGAAGCUGAUCACCGAAGCCGGCGUUGACUUCUUGGAAGUCAGCGGUGGUUCCUACGAGGACCCUGUGAUGUUUAGCAAUAACGACAACGAGAAGAAGUCAGACCGUACCAAGGCUCGCGAGGCCUUCUUCUUGGAGUUCGCCCGGGUCAUCCGCCGCGACUUCCCCGAUGUUCCCUUGAUGGUGACUGGUGGUUUCCGCUCACGUCAGGGCAUGGAGGCUGCACUCACUAACAACGGCUGCGAUCUCAUCGGGUUGGCGAGGCCUGCCGUUCUGAAUCCGGCUCUGCCGAAGAACACCAUCCUUGCCGGCACUGUCAAGGAUGAGGAUGCCAAGCUAUAUGCUAGGAAGAUUGAGGCCCCUUGGAUAUCCAAAAAGAUGGGUAUGAAGUUCAUCGGUGCUGGUGCCGAGUCGGCUUGGUACUCGGGUCAGAUUCGCAAGCUGGGCCACUAA